GGGAGAGGGAGUGAGUGAGUGAGUGUGAGGGUGAGGGGAGGCUAUGGCGGUGGACCUGACGUUCCUGGGGACGGGCGCGGCCUUCCCGUCCCGGAGCCGCGGAGCCUCGGCGGUCGCGUGGCGUCACGAGGGCGAGUGUUGGCUGUUCGACUGCGGCGAAGGCACUCAGACACAGGUCCUGAGGAGCGCUCUGAGAGCGGGAAAAAUCUCUAAGGUUUUCAUUACUCAUCUCCACGGUGAUCACCUGUUCGGUUUGCCGGGCCUCCUGUGUACAGUGAGCCUUCAGUGCAGUUCCACGUCCGUAAAGCAGCCUUUGGAGAUCUACGGACCUGUUGGAUUACGGAAAUAUCUGCGGACAUGUUUGGGAAUUUCUCAGUCGCAGUUGAACUUCCCGUACGUGGUGCACGAGCUGAUUCCGACCCAAGAUCAAUGUUUUCCCGAAGAAUGGAGAUACCCGUCUGAUCAAAAGGCAGAUGACCAGCUUCAUCCUCAGGAACAGCAAGGAAAAACAAUUCAUCUUGAUCCUCAGGAAAACUGCUAUCAUCUCCUUGACCACAAACACUUCACCGUAAAAGCUUUCAAGCUCUUCCAUCGAAUACCAUCUUUCGGCUUUGUCAUUGAGGAAAAGGAGCGUCCAGGCAGACUUCUGACACAAAAACUGAAGGAUAUGGGUGUUCAUCCAGGACCUUUGUAUGGGAAACUGAAAAAUGGACAAGCCAUUACUCUGGACAAUGGAGAGACUGUCUUUCCAAUGGAUGUGCUCGAGGGUCCUGUACCGGGCCGAAAAAUCUGUAUUUUAGGAGAUUGCUCUGGGAUUGUGGGUGAUGUAGGUAAGAAGCUCUGCCUUGAUGCUGACGUUCUGGUACACGAGGCGACUCUGGACGACAGCCAGGCGGACAAGGCCAAGGAGCACGGACACUGCACUCCAAAAACGGCGGCAGAGUUUGCAAAGUCGUGUAAGGUUAAAAGGCUGGUCCUGACUCAUUUCAGUCAGCGGUACAAACCGGCAAGCCUGAUCAAUGAAGGAGAUGACAAUGUCUUGGAACUGAAGACGCAGGCUGAGUUGAUAUUGGAAGGACAGGAGGUAACACUAGCUGAAGACUUUCUGGUUCUUGAAAUUCCUUCCAAAAAAAAACCAAGCAACAAAUAAUCCUUCCCUGCAUAUAAAGACAGAAUCGCUUGCGGUAAAUUAUAGCCUUAGGUUAGUUGUGAAAUCAGUGCUGAUUUAAUUUUGCUGAACUUUAAUUGUAAUUCCAUCUUACUGUAAUGUAGACGCUGGAAACCUGAAACAAAAACAGAAUAGAGUUCUGACGAAGGGUCAUGGACCCGAAAUGUUGACUCACUUUUCUUUCUCCAUAGCUGCUGCCUGAUCUGCUAAGUGUUCCCAACCACUUCCGUUUGUUGCUGUAAUGCAAGUUUAUUAAAAUGGUACAAAUUGGUGAUAACGCUUUAACCAGUGGCUUCUCUUAAAUGUGCGGUGUGGCGGGGGAAGCGAUGAUGUCUGCAGCUGUUUUCACGUUCUUCAAUAAAGAGAAUGCAUUUGAACGUU